UUGCAGCAAACAUACCAAACCGUUUUCAAAUAAGACUUUGGAAUUACUCCACGCGUGUUUUUAUUUCCUCUUACGCUCAUUUCAAAUUAAACGGUGUUGUAAAAAAAAACGAAAAAGAGGAAAGAGAAGAUUUUUCCUAGUUUUAUGAGAGUAGAGUCCGCUUUUUAUCGUUUGAGAUUCGAAACUGAUUACUUGGUUUUUCUUAAUCUGAGGAAGCUUAUUAAAUUACACUUGCGGUAGCAUUUGACAGUUUAAUCUUUUAAUAAAUGGUUUAGAGUUACAAAAGCUUUUUGUCCAUUUGCUCCGCGGGGAACUAACUUCAAAUGCUUUGAUUCUUUUAUCAUCAGGAACAAAACGAUUUUUUUCGGAACCUUUUUUGUCCUUCCUGCUUUCGGAACUGAAGAUUAGCGUCCUGUAAAACUCAAAUAUUUUGCCCGUUAUUUUGGAAAUUGCUAUUUUGAUUGGGCUCAUCUAAUCUUUGGCAACAAAAAGACUUUGAUCAGCCAAACAUGUGAAAAACAACAGGUGAUCAAAUCUUACCCAGUGCUUUAUAAUGUCUAAUACUCCUACCGAUGAGAAUGGCUGGCCCGAGGUGGAUUCGAACCAAACUCCUCGGGAGGAACAGAAAGCAGAAUCUCCCUCGUCCCAAACUCCUCGGGAGGACCAGACAGCAGAUCCUCCAUCGCGCCAAAACAAAUCAGCGAAUGAAAACAAACCAUUAAACCAAAAUGGUCAUUCGGUUUUAAAUGGAAAAGCAACGGAAGCUGAAAAAAGCGCAGAGAACGAAGACGAAGUGGAUGACUCGUGCAAUGCAUGCAAUUGCGCCUGCUUAGAAAAUUGCAGCAACUUCAUAACGAGCAAAAUCGAAGCCUUCUUUUUCAAGGUUGGCGUAUUCAAUGGUAAGCAUCCCUGGGCGGCAAUUCUAAUUGGUCUGGCUUUCUUCCUCCUGCCCCUGCCUGGAUAUUACUUCUGGUACGAGGAGACAGACGCCGCCAAACUAUGGGUGCCACAGGAUUCCAGGGCCAUCGAUGACAGAGACGCUUCCUCCGUAUGGUUUCCUGCACUGCUCCGGGUCUCACAGGCACUGAUAGUGUCCAGUAAUGUCCUCACGGCGGAUAUCAUGCAGAAGGCGCUCCAGCUGGACCAGAAUAUCAAGGCUGUGUCUGUGUCCAUAAACAGUAGUCUGGAUGAAACUUACAGUGGCAUCUGCUACAAGGCUGGACCCUACUGUCUACAGGCUUCAUUCCUGGCAGCCUGGAACUGGGACAGUACAACUGUUAGCGGAUUAAGUGACAACGAUGUUGUGAAUAAAGCGAACGCGAACCCACUUUUGAGCCUCGAAACGAAUCAACCGAUGAGCCUGGAUAAUCUGCUUGGUGCUCUUGAUGGAUCGUCACCCUCCAUUGUUGGAGCCAGUGCCAUGACUAUGACCUACUAUGUGGCCACAGUGGACUUGGUCGACUCAGAGCCAUACGUGAAGGACUGGGAGUCUAAAUUCCUGGAUGUGUGUGAGACGAGCGUGGAUGGUCUGCAGGUGUACCGGUUUGCAUUCAGGAGUCCCACAGACAUCGGCAGUGGGGCUGUGCAGGACGAUGUGCCGUUCCUGUUCGCGGGAUACGCCCUCGUCAUCUUGUUCCUCUUCACUACCCUCGGAAAAUUCAACUGCAAGGACCAGAAGGUCUAUCUGGCAAUGACGGGCAUUCUGUGCGUGGUUCUGUCUAUCUCCAUCUCAUUCUCCUCCGCCUCGCUUUUCCAGAUGGACUAUGGACCCAUUCACUCGGUCCUACCCUUUCUGCUACUGGGUAUUGGCGUUGACGACAUGUUUGUAUUCGUGUCUGCUUGGGAGAAUCUGACCCCUCGAGAGAAGACACUUUCUCUGCCCGAGCGAAUCGGAUACAUGACCAAACACGCUGGAGUCUCCAUUCUGAUUACGUCACUGACCGACUUCUUGGCUUUCCUGAUAGGAGCAACAACCAUCAUUCCAGCUUUACGUUCGUUCUGUGUCUUCGCGGCUAUGGGAAUUCUGGGCAUUUUCUUCUUGACUCUCUUCCUCUUUUCGGGAGUUCUCGUCUACGAUCAGAGAAGGGUGGACAAUGGAAGGAAUGCGUGUUGCUGCUGUGUGCCCUUGGGAGAUGACUACCAACCCAGUCGUUGUAGUGAAUCUUCCAUUUCGGAGAAGAUUUUCAGCAACUAUGUUGCCAAAGGUCUCACUUUCUUGCCAAUCAAGAUCAUUGUAGUGCUGGUCACAGUGGGACUGCUGGGAGCUGGGAUUGCAGGCGUCGCCAUGAUCGAACAGGACUUCGACCCCAACUGGUUCAUCCCUGAAGGGAACUAUCUGUACGACUAUUUGGAACAGUCCGAAACAUACUUUCCAGGAGACGGAGAUGAUGCAUAUGUAUUCUUCGGUGACAUCGACUACUACGACAACUACGGCACUCUGCUGGGUCUUCCCGACCGACUGAGGAAUGAAGUGGAGGGCGUGGCAGACAACAGCCCGGAUUUUUACCUCACUGCAUUCGACUCCUGGAUAACAAGUUACAGUGGAGGGGUCGCAAACAUCACGACCAGACAAGAUGCAACAACAAAACUACCAAACAACCAACCCAACUUCGUUUAUCUGUUGAAGUAUUACCUGGCCAACGAUGGCCAAUCAUACGCCUCGGAAGUCAACUUCAACGCGGCUCAAGAUGAUAUCACAAGUUCGCGCAUGUACCUGGUGUUCUCUAAGAUGCCCAACUCGGCUAAGAGGAUAGACGCUAUGGACGGGGCCAGGGACGUGGUGGACUCGAUGGGGUUCGGGGACACCAAUGCAUUCGUCUACUCGGACGCAUUCCUCGUCUGGGAAGGUGACAAGGUGAUCUAUCUGGAGCUGUUCCGCAACAUAGGCAUGGCGUUCAUUGUGGUAUUCCUGGUGUGUAUGCUGCUCAUCGCCAACAUCGCCAUAGUGGUCAUGGUGCUCUCGUGCGUGGUGUUCACGCUGGUGGAUGUGAUUGGUUUAAUCCACUUCUGGGGAGUGACCAUUAACACAGUGUCCACUAUCAACCUCAUCCUGGCCAUAGGUCUGGCAGUGGACUACGCCGCCCACAUCGGACACGCAUUCAUGGCCACCGCCGGAUCCCGAAAGACCCGUACCCGCACCGCUCUCACGGAGAUUGGACCGGCAGUGUUCAGUGGAGGCUUCAGUACGUUCCUCGCAUUCGCUCCCCUUGCUAUAUCAACUUCAUUCGUCUUCGAGACAUUCUUUAAGAUUUUCUUCCUGGUCUGUGUGCUGGGCUUGUACCAUGGGUUGAUCUACCUUCCGGUGAUGAUGAGCUGGCUGGGUCCCGCGCCCUAUUCCAGUGCCCAUAAGCCAGGCCACGAUGACUCAUCGGAGCUAGGGGGAGAAGGAAGAGGAGGAGAAGUAGGAGGAAGAGGGGCAGACAAGGUAAAGAAAUCAGAGAAUGAAGAAUGGACUAACGUGAUGGAACUGAGCUCUAAAGAGCUGAGACAGAGUAAAACAGACAGAAAGAAAUCAGUAACAUGGAAUGGCAGCCCGGAAGCAAUUAAGGGUGCUAAUCAAGGGCCCAGAUCUAGGCCCACUUCCCCGGGCCAAGUGGUACCAAUGUGCCAAUUAGACGUACUUCAGACACGUUGAACUAAAAAUAGUCAACGACAAGCCAUUGAGUGCUCAGAAUCCAGUUCUAGCUGGUGACAAGAACCAAGUGCACAAAACAGAAGUGACCAGAAUGUAGAAUGGAACAAACAACAACAACACAACAAUAACACCUGUCACUAAACACUGUGAAAUGUUACGAUUGGACCUAGUCGCGGUCUUGAUCUUGAUCAAUCUCAAAUUUUAUAGCUUUCGACGCUGAAAUUUCGAAGCAAUUCUACUUCUUAGCAAAUGUAGCAAAACCCAUAUUGAUAAAAUCUCCGCAAUUUUCAGUGACUAUCAGCUAAAUUUUUUCAUCCGAAUCUUAAUUUAGCUUCAAGUAC